CUACUACGACACAAGAUCUCAACACCCAACUACCGGUAGAUCUGGUAGCUCAAACACACAUGCCUCCUAAUCCGCACACAUUCGAUCCAUCGCAGUGGACCAACCCUGCGCUCGCCGCGCAGUAUUACGGAUACGUCCCACCCACUCCUCAGAAUCCCUUCUCAAACCACACCUCCUAUCAAAACAUGCAGUCAUCACCUCCUGUUUCCUUCGGCAACCCCAGCUACCAGGCACCACUCGACCCUGCAGCGCAGAUGCUUCAAAGCUGGUCAAUGGCACAGUCUGGUUACGGUUAUCCAGGACAGCAAUACCCUGUGCAGCAUGCCCCUUUCCAGCAGCCUGUUCUCGAACAGGCUCCUGUUCAGCAAGCUCCCUCUCGACCCCAGAAUGAUGUCAAGAAAGGCCCCGAAGCCGUCGAUGUGUACUCUGGUGAAUACGUCGACUUCAACAUGGAAGACGACCCCAGCGCGCAGCUCAUGUCAGAGCUGAAUCAAGACAUCCCCGAGACUGCCCGCUCUCCCACUCCACCAGCUCACCAGUCUCCUGAUGUAGGUGACCACAAGUAUCAGGGUGUGAACCAAGGCUGGGGCACUACUACAGUCGAGAGUAUUGAGCUUGGCCUGAGUGACUCAAUGUUCCCCAUCCCUCAGAACUCUCAGAGCAUUGAAUACGAGACAUUCAAAAGCUUUGAGAAUGAGCAUCACACCAGCGAGGCUGAGAAGGUUCAGGAGAACCAGCUUUCACAGCAGGUUGAUCAAGUUGUUGCUGGCUUGAACGACGAGGGAAUGUACACUGUUGACUUUGAGGACUCCGCUACCGAGAGAGAAGGCUCAACCCCUUUCAUCGGUAUGGAGCAGCCCCAAAACGCCACUCCUGAACCAGUCGAAAACUCCAGCCAUGCCCCUGAGACUGAUGUUGAAGAAGAAAACGUCAUGCAGGAUAACCCAUCCGAAGAACUUGACAUCGAAGACAAGGACGCCCAAGACGAUGUUUCCGAUCGCGAUUCGAAGGAGGACAAUUCUGACACAGAAAGUACCAUGGAUAGUGAUGUCGCUAAAGACGAGGAAACAGAUGUGGAUAUUUCUCACGCCGCAUCAUCCUCUGCUCAGGAGGUACAUGACUCUGGUGUCGAGGACUCUGAUGCUCAGAAUUUGCCUCAAGUUGAGUUCGAAGGCUACAUGCUUACCGAAAGCCGUCUCAAACCCGUCAAGAAACACAUCGCAAAGGAAGACAAGGAACUUCACCACAAGGCCUUUAAGCUGCAGCCACACAUUCUUCCCGCUCAUCGCUAUUGGGUCGCCAUACUCAUGCACAAGGUGCAGCCUCAGAAGGCCAAGGUCGAGAAGGACUUUGUCUGGCUCAAAGGAUCAAAGACCAUGUGGAACAAGUACCGUGAGGUGACCACCGAAGAACAGCACCAGAUUCUCUUCUGCGGCAGAGUUCCUAGUUUCGCCGACACGCUUGAGGAGUUGGACAGAUUCGGCGACAAGUUGAUCGUCUUCCGCGCUGCUAAGCAGGAGGUUAUUCUCAUUGAC